AUGAGUUCUCCAGAUAACUAAAAUAGAACAAGAUAAGAGAAAAAAGAGAUUCUAUUUGAAAAUUUAGAUGUAAAAAGCAUUGAAUGGAGACCGUAUAGAUGUUUUAUAAUUCUUUAUUUAUUCAACGCCACAAUUGCAUUGCCAUAUUUUACUUUAAAACUUUUUUAUUUGUACAUCCAAUAAAUUGGUAAAAGCAUCAGAUUCUUUAGAUUAGUUCAAGUAAUUAUAAAUAAGAAUUUGUUUUAGGGUUUAAAGACAAUAAUAUUUUUUGUUUGUGAUCUUGCUAUGACAUUAUCAAUUUUAAUGAUGUAUAUUUUAGUAGGAUUUAGAUAUAAAUAGACAAUAAAUUAUGAAGAUUGGGCAAUAUCUUGUUUAAUAUUUUUAUAAUCAUAAAUUUUAAUGUCCUCAUAUGUUUUAACAAUAUCAAUUGAUAGAAAAGAAUUAGAUUUUGAUUUUCUAAUUUCUGAGGCUAAUAUGAGUAAGUUAGGUCUUGGAAGAUUGUAUUAAAAAUUAUUACAUUAAAAUCUAUCAAGUGAUAAAUAGGAAGAAUAGAAACAAGAAAAUUUAUAUAAAUAGAUUAGAGAUGCUAUGGAAACAGAGAAUAUUGAUAGUACACUCUAUUAUAUUGCACUUGAAUCUGAUCCAGGUAUUUGUACAAUAGAUGAUAUUACAACAUUGAGUGAUCAAUCAAUUAUUGAACUUAUAGAGAGAGCUAGAAAAUAAUUAUAAAAAUAACAUGAUAUUCCAUUUGACAGAAAAUAAUUUGAAUAAUCAGCAACAAAAUUACAAAUCUUAAAAGAAUUAAGAGUUUUAGGCUUUCGUGGUUACAGACAUGCAAUUGAUAAUUUUUUAUGGCCUCAUUAUGAUUAUAUCAAAGUUAAAUAAGAAAAAGAACCAGCAUCUAUUCUUUUCAUUUAUUUUAUAGUAUUAUUUGCUAAAGGAAGUUUUCCACUUUAUCUACUAUUAUAAUCAGAUAACACUUAAGAGAUUGAAUUUAUCUUUUUUGUAUGCUUUUUAGGUAUGUAUCUAAAUAUGAUCAUUUUACUCAUUGAUUUAAUCAAAUGUAAUGAUAUUCAAGGGAAACGAUAUAUUUUAAAUGUACUUCAAACUCUAAUCAUCCCAAAUAAAGCUUAAGAUUAAGUUGAAGAUGAAAAUGAAAGUGCAAACGAGGAAAUUCCUGAUGAUUUACCAUAUAAUUCUGAUUUUAAAUUAGAUUUUAGUUGUAAUUUAAGUUUAGAAUCUUGGGAUAAUAUGAGAAGAUUAACACUAUUAAUUGAUAAUGAUUGGAUGGAUUAUAAUGAAGCACAAAUAGCUUUUAUUUUUCUUUAUUUUAUAUACUUGUACAUGAAUUUAUCAUCUGUAUUUUUAGAUUUUGACUUAAUUCCAGUUUUACAUUCUUUUUUUUAAGAUCCUAUUUUAGAAUGGAAUAUGAUUGUAGAUUUUACUUGUCUAGCUUUAUUAUUUUUAAAUAGGGUUUAUUAAGGUACUUUAUAUAAUUAAACUUUUGAAAACAUUAUUGAAUCAAUCAAAAAAAUUGAAACUGUUUAUGCUGAUAAAAAAGCUUUAUUCGAAUUCUAUUUUAGCAGUAAUUUAAUGGAAAAUAUUUAAAAUGAAACUUACAGAAAAAUAACAUAAAAAAUAUAUUGUUCUGCUUGUGAUAAAGUUUUAUAUACACUUGCAUCUAAAGGAAUUUAAGAAAUUUCUCUAUUAGUAAUUAAUUUAAUUAUUCAAUUAGGAAUUCUUAAUGCUUGCAAAAUCGUAAGCUAAACAAAGAGUAUUUUAAUUAUGCGCUACUAUGAAAAAAGUUAAAGAUUAAAUUGAAUUUGAUAAUGAUAAUUACAGUCAUAAGAUGCUUGGAAUAUAUAAAUCAAAUAUUUGGACUGUUAUUUCAACUUUUGGAUUUUUAGGAUAUGUAUUUUUUCGUGGCAAGAUUAAAGCUUAUCUUAAUAAACACAAGGCUAAACAACUCUGA